CGUUUCCCGUUUCUGGUUCAAAGAAACAUAUCGAAAAGUGCAAACCUUCAAGAGUUAGAGUCGUGAGUGGGACCCACAUUCUGAUGAGCCCGACCUAAAAGACAUAAAUCACCACAUGUUUCUUUAGAUCAACGGUUACCCUACGUUUCUCUUCUUCGUCUUCUACCUCCCUCACCCUUCUAUAAGCCAUGCCCCUUUUUUUUGCUGAUUCUCACAUUAUACUAACCUGCUCUUUUGCUUCAUUUCAGUACUGUAGGAUCUCCUUUUCCCUUCCUUAUUAAAUUUCUUGCUGUUUUUCGUUUCCUUUUCCCUCUCUUUGUAAAUCUCUGUCUUGUUUUUGCUCUUGUUCUUCGCUUGCUACCGCAGAUUUUUGAAUUUUCUUAUAUAUUUCAUUAAUGGGUUUUGCUUCUUUUGAGUAGUGGAUUGGUUUUUCUGUUACCAUUAAUUGUUUUGCAUCUGUGUGCCUGUAAAAAUUUGAAAAUUUUCAUUCAUACUUAUCUAGAUUUUGUUGUUCGCGAGGCGUAAGGACUUCCUUUUUUUGUUACGCUUCCUCUGGUUAUUGGAAUUUAGCUCAUAACAAGCUAUUUGGUUCUAUAAUUUCUGUUUCACUCUGUUCUUUGGGAUCUGCGCGGCUAUUGCUGGUGUGAUCCCACGUGUUCUGUCAAUGGGUGCCUUGAAUGAGGGGCAUUUCCUUGUGGAGCUUGAGAAUGGAGUGAAACUCAAUUGCGUUGAACCGGAAUUAGAAGAAGAACCAGAGACUUUGGCCAUUCAGAACGCUGUAAGAGUUCUGUUACAAGGUCUCAAUGAGGAUAUUAAUAGAGAAGGUCUUAAAAAGACCCCUCUUCGUGUUGCCAAGGCCCUUCUCCAUGGAACCAAAGGUUAUAAACAAAGGGCAAAUGACAUUGUUCAUAGUGCAUUAUUUCCUGAAGCUGGUUUGAAUAAUGCAGUAGGUCAUGCAGGAGGAGCAGGUGGUCUUGUGAUUGUUCGAGAUAUUGACCUCUUCUCAUACUGCGAGUCUUGCUUGCUUCCCUUUCAGAUAAAGUGUCAUGUAGGUUAUGUCCCAUCUGGUCAGAGGGUUGUAGGAUUAAGCAAGCUAUCUAGAGUUGCUGAUGUCUUUGCAAGAAGGCUACAAGAUCCACAACGUUUGGCAGAUGAAAUUUGUUCAGCUCUGCAACAUGGGAUCAAACCUGCUGGUGCUGCCAUUGUACUCCAAUGUUUACACAUCCAUUUUCCAAAUUUAGAGUCAUUUGUACUUGACUCCAGUCACCAAGGAUGGGUAAAGGCACUAGUCCGUUCAGGUUCUGGUGUUUUUGAAAAUGAAAAUGCCGACCUUUGGUGUGAUUUCCUAAAUCUCCUGAAGUUCAGAGGCGUAAAUGUAGAUAAAAUUCAGAUGACAGAUGCUACGGAGCAGUGUUGGUGCCCCUCCCAGUCUUCUUCAAGUGCUAAACUUUCAUCCAUGGUCAGGUCACCCAACCAAGGAAUGGUCACUGCUGUUACAUCGAUACUUAUGUCUUUGGGAGAAGACCCAUUAAGGAAAGAGCUUAUUGAAACUCCUAGUCGUUUUGUGAAGUGGUUGAUGAACUUCCACAACACAAAACUGGAGAAUGGCUUUGGUAGGGCAGAUCCUCUUGAAGCCAGUGGAGAUAUUAGCCAUGACAGAGAACAAAUGCAUUCUGAGCUGAACCUGUCAUUCUGGUCUCAGUGUGAGCAUCAUUUACUGCCAUUUUAUGGUGUUGUGCAUAUUGGUUACUUCUGUGCUGAAGGAUCAAAGCCUAUUGAAAGAGAUUUUCUACAGUCAAUAGUACAUUCUUAUGGUUUCAAGCUCCAAGUGCAGGAAAGACUAACACGACAAAUUGCAGAGACUGUUUCGUCAUAUUUAGGUGGAGAUGUGAUGGUAGUUGUGGAGGCUGACCAUACUUGUAUGAUUUCUAGAGGUAUUGAGAAAUUUGGAAGCAAUACAGCUACAAUUGCUGUGCUCGGUCGAUUUUCAAUAGAUCCCGCUGCAAGGGCCAUCUUUUUGCAGAGCAUUCCAAAGACAACUACUACUUGAGGGAUCACGACAGUUUGAAUCAGUUUUCAGAAAUACAUCGAGUCACGUUCUUCGCGUUUUCUAGAUCGUUUAUUUGUUUACUGUGGGGCUGGUAUACCAGAGAAUCAUUGCAACAGAUCAUUUGUUGGAUGACUGGAACAAGGUUUGAUGUGUUUGCCUAAGCUUUUGUGCUGAUUGUGCGGGAAUGUUGGAGAAGAUGAGUGUCCAGAAAUUUUAAUCUUUUUUCAAGAGGCAAUCAUUUUCUCAUUUUUACUUUCUCAGCACAGUUUUCCCCAUACAUGAAAAAUAAGACGCCAAUGUUUACGUUUUUUUUUUUGUCCGUGUAUUAGCAGUUAGAACUUAGAAGUCUAUGGCCAGUGAGAAAAAUGCCGUUAAUGACAGUUGUCUGCCGUCUUUACUAAAUGCAGAAAUGAGUUUUCCAGAAUUGAUCUGUGUGAA